CGCACAAUAGCCACAAAUGAAAACAUAUAUGUGCUUAGUCAAUUAUUUCUCCAUGGUUAACUGUAUAGGAUCCUGGUAGGCCCUUCUCUUCCUGGUCUUGUCAUUUUUUCCGCAUUUCGUACUUUAUUUUACACCACUUUUACCAGUUCCAGGGCUUGCACAUUUGUAUAUACACCAUUGAUGUAGUGAUGUAAGUUCCAGCGAAAAGCAGCCGACCUAACUUCGCAAGUAGAAAGGAGAAUAUAGCCUCAACAAUGACGGACCACUACGUGUCCAUGGCUCAGAUACGGGCCUCCAAGAAACUCCAGAAGAGCGAAGAGCUCUCAUUCAAGAAGAUCGAGACUUCGUUCGUCGAAGAGGAGCCGUACUCCGAGAUCACCUUCGGCGAGGGAGGCCCGUCCGUAGACGAGGAGGAAGGCCCGUCAGUAGAUGGCGACGUGCCGUCGUCUUCUGGUGUUUCGUCAAACUCCGGACAAUCCUCGCAAUGCAACGAAAAUGCUUACGUUGAAUACAUGCCGGUCACAAGAAAGGUUGUGUUACAUCCGGGGCCGCGAGGGUUGGGCAUAUCAGUAGUGGGAGGGAUCACGACACCCGAGCAUGGUCUGAUUCCCGUCAUCAUUACGGACAUUGACCCCGGUGGAGAAGUGGACAAGAGCCAGGUUGUCAAGGUCGGUGACCGUAUCGUCAGCGUGAAUGGCGCUUCGAUGGAAGGCAAGACUCACGGUGAUGUCGUCCUCGCCAUCAAGGCAGCUGGCGCCUCUCUCAUCAUGGAAGUCACCGAGGGACAGCAAGACAUUCGGGACUACAUCUCCAAAGAACUGUCCGAUGAAGAUUAACCCAUUUAUCCUCCAAAUCAUGGCGUUUUAUGUCACUUGCAUGUCGAUGAAAAGAAAUAUCAAGAACGUCAUAUCGCUUACUCAUUGCGUUUUAUAUUAUGAAUUUUGUUGUAAAAAUACGCUUUUGCAUUAUAUCUUGCCCUUUUGCCUUAAUUAAAUUGUUUAAUUUGGUUGUUCUAUUUUUCUGUUUUGGUGGAUCGUUCGUUAGUUCGUCACUCGGUAAGUUUCGUUUGUGAAUUGUUUGUUGGUUAAAUUUGAUGGCUAGGCCUAUAUAGCCAGUUUAUUCUCUUGAUUCGUUCCUAUUUGUUAGUGGAUUGACAUUCAGUUUGGUAGACGAUUUUGAGGAUAUGAAAACAUUUCAUUAUUUUAUGGGUUGGCUGCAGACUUUUGGGCUAUUGUUUUUAAAGCUUUUGUUUUUAAACAAAAUAUGAUUUUUUUUUUCAAUAAAUGGAAUGUACACGCUUAUUUCUAAAAUUAACGAGCAGGCAAUGGUUGGAUAUAUAAAUGUAAAGCAUUUUGUACAUAAAUCUAAUAAGUUAAUGUUGUACACGGCGCCAAGUUUGAGACGAUUAUAAAUUGUUUGAGGAAUAUAUGACAACUGCUUUGCGAGGAACUAUGCAGACUCGGUUACGAAGUGUGACUCGUUUGUAUAUUGAAAAAUUUAAAAAUAGUAAAACUGUCCUUUGAGGUUUGUAGAUAUACGUUUUAAGCUGUUAAUGCUGCAUGUAAUGCACUGUAAAUAUCAGAUUAUGCUUUGGGAACUUAAUGAAGAAAUCUAUCUUCAAAGUUGUCGAUCCAUUUUUACAGAGGCGUUGCGCAUUUGUUACGUUUGACAAUGAGCAGUUUAGAAAAACACAAUUACAAAAGUUUACAAAGUUACCAUUUUUAUUGCUAUUUCCAUAGAAAAAACAAACAGGUUUGUUAUAAUACUUGGCUACGCGGUAAUGCUGCGACAGACCGAAAAAGAAAUAAACGAAAAACAAAGUAGUAGAUAGGGCUCGAUCCUAGCAUUACAAUUAUCGGAACACCAACAUACAUUGGUGACAAUUAAGUAAUAAUCAUCAUAGAAAAAAAUACUUUUUAUUUUCUAACCAAACCAGUGGUGGAUCUCUCCGGGGGUAGGCUGGCUACCCCCCCCCCCCCCCCCCCCUUUGGGCCACAAAAAGAAUGGAAAAAUCCUACAGAAAAGAGUAGCAUGCACAUGCCUGUUAACAUCCAAAGUUUGACCCGCCCCUGCAAUUAAGACGGCUCCAACACUGUACCCUUUCAAUUACAUGUACUGUACAUACACACCUUUGAUUAAAGUUUAACUAAAAGCGAACACACCCAUAUACUGUACAUGUAUAUGCAUCCAAAAGAUCCGUUUAUAAAAUAGUUGAAAUCAUUUGCAAGUUUGGUCUACUUUCUCAAUAUUUAGACUAUGCCAUGAGCUUGAAAUGGACGGAAUUAAUGCAUUUUGAUAAAAUGAUGUUAAUUCAUCUCAAUCCCUAUUAUUAUAAAGUUCAUACAAAACUAUUUA